GUCAACAUCUUCCAGAUGGAGGGUCCCACCACUGACCCCACCAGCCAGCCCUGGCCAGGACCCCAACUCCAGCCUGAGAUCCUGGCCCCCAGCCCACCUCGGGAGACCUGGGCUGGCAAAUACGAGUUCCUGCUGUCCUGCCUGGGCUACUGCGUGGGGCUGGGCAACGUCUGGCGCUUUCCUUACCUGUGUUACCGCAACGGAGGAGGUGUCUUCCUCAUCCCCUACUUCAUCAUGCUGCUCGUCACGGGGCUGCCCCUCUUCCUGAUGGAACUGAGCCUGGGCCAGUACGGGGCCACCGGACCCAUCACUGUCUGGAAGUGCUGCCCGCUCCUGAAAGGUGUUGGUGUUGCCAUGCUGAUCGUGUGCUCCCUGGUGUCCCUCUACUACAACGUCAUCAUCGCCUGGGCUUUCUACUACCUGGGCUCCUCCUUCCAGAGCCCCCUGCCCUGGUCCUGCGAUGCCCCCAGGAAUGCAGACCUCUGCCAGAACACGUCGGGGAGCGCCGGCUGGGUCAGUGCCAGCGAGGUUUUCUGGAA